GUGCGUAGUGACAUCGCCCUGGACAAACAGAGGGGCUGUAAGCUGGCCAACCACCCUGUCAUGAUGCUGGACCUGCAGAGAGAGAAGGCAGCUCAGAUGCAGCUCGUCCUCCUCAAGGAACAGGUCUCCAACAUCUACAGUAACAUCACAAUAACAGGUCUCUAGACAAACUGUACAACUUUGCCGAGUGUGCUGGUCUGCAUCUGGUCCUGGGGUUCAACGCCCUGCAGAGAAACCCUGACUCCUCCUGGAACUCCUCCUCAGCCUUCAGCUUACUCAAAUACAGCGCCGGGAAGAAAUACAACAUCUCCUGGGAACUGGGAAACGAGCCUAAUGGCUACCGAAGCAUGGUGGGUCAGACAGUUAACAGUACCCAGCUAGCCAAGGACUACACCAUGCUGAGAACACUACUGCAAUCUGUACGCUACUACAGCCGAGCACACCUCUACGGCCCUAACGCUGGACCACCACGCAAGAACGCCAUUCUGCUGCUCGACGGGUUUAUGAAGAACGCUGGUUCUGUUGUGGACGCUGUAACGUGGCAACAUUACUACAUGGAUAGCAGAGUGACCAAAGUAGAGGACUUUCUGAAGACUCGCCUGCUGGACACCCUGACUGAACAGAUCACUAAAGUACUCAAGGUAGUGAAUAGCCAUGCUCCUGGUAAGAAGGUGUGGUUGGGUGGAGUGGGUCCGGCGUGGGCUGGAGGAACCAGCAACCUCUCUGAUACCUACGCUGCUGGCUUUCUGUGGCUGAACACUCUGGGCGUGGCAGCGAUGCAUGGGAUUGACGUGGUCCUGAGACACUCGUUCUUCGACUAUGGAUACACACACCUCGUAGACCAGCACUUCAACCCACUGCCGGACUAUUGGUUCUCACUGGUGUUCAAGCGUCUGGUGGGCCCCAGGGUGUUGGCGGUGCGGGUAGCAGGCUUACAGAGGAAACCACAGCCAGGGAGGGUCAUCCGAGACAAACUACGCAUUUACGCCCAUUGUACCAGCUUCCACAAUCAUAACUACGUGAAAGGGUCCAUAACGAUCUAUAUCAUCAACCUGCAUCGGUCCAGGAAGAAAAUCAAGCUGGCAGGAACCUUACGUAACAAGACUGUCCAUCAGUACCUGCUGCAGCCCUACGGGACAGACGGACUACACGCCAGGUCAGUCCAGUUGAACGGAGAAAAGUUGUUGAUGGUGGACAACGAGACGUUCCCGGAAUUGAAGCCUCAGACGCUGCGGGCAGGGAGGACGAUAGCCAUGCCCCCUAUGACCAUUGGCUUCUAUGUCAUCAAGAACAUCAACGCUUAUGCCUGCCGCAGAUAAUCCUCAGCAUACUUCUCCUCACCCUUUACCCCUUACCCUUCACCUCCACACUCCUUACCCCUCACCCUCACCCUUCACCCCCAUACUCCUCACCCUUCACCUCCACACUCCUUACCCCUCAC